GGCCAGCGAACGAGGAGCGGGAGCACGGAGCCAAGGGGUUUUUUUGCGCGAAAGGAAAACCUCAUCGAGUGGAUGAUCCUUCCUGUGGUCGGGGCUCGCUGGUCUCGCAAGCGGAUAUCCACUUUACAACGCGGGUCCCAAGGUCCCGCGCGAACCAGAUCCGGUGGCAUCCGACAUUGAAGAGUGUACCGUGUGUUCGAGAGGCUGCGUCUUAUCCUGCCGGAUCCAUCCGCACAGUUUGGGAGUUUGCACAGUUUUCGGAAACCCGUCGGAACGCGGGUGGUUGUUUUUCUUUGUUCGUUCGAAAGGGGUUACAAACUAUCGAUAGAUAUCGGUCGGAAAAAAAUCUCAUAACGCUCUGAACGACUUGUGCGCUGGAAGUUAGUUUAUUGAAUGGCAAAAUAAAAAGCAAAGUAAAGCGACCGAAAGUGAAGUGAACAAGUGAUUCAGAGGCGCUAGAUGGCCUGCACUGUGUCCUAUCCAACGAUUCGACUGUACUGAUAAAAGACAGCGUCCAGUGUACGGUGUUGUUCUUGUGCCUGCACUCGCUGCCAAGGCCAAGAGACUGCAAGAGAGAAUCUGUGAAUAAUUUGUCAUGCGUCGGAAACCAACGGCGAUUGCGGGCCGUUCCAAGUAAGACUGGACCAGCAUUGAAGGACCAGCGCCAAACAAACACACCGAGAAAAAGCAAGUGAACGGAAGCGUGCUCUUUGCAGUGCAUAGGACAGUCGAAGCUAUCUUUAUCGAUCGGUUUUCCCUGUGGCCGCGAUUCGGUUGCCACUGGACGGCGUUUUGUUAAUUGGCCAGUUGUUGCAUUCGCCAGUGCAUUUGUGUGUGUGUGUGUACAUGGCCAAAGAACCAGUGAGAUAAACAAUUGCACAGAACAACUACCGAAAAAGGACAUGAGCGGUGUAGUGUGUGGUGUGGAUGAUUCGAUACAAUAAACAGGCAAUUGAAAGCUACGCGAAGAUAAAAGGCAAAGGUGCAAAGUAGUAGUGCUCGAAGAAAUGGAACAGUUUCAAUCGUAAGGGACGAAGAAUUUGCUUUCCACAGUUUGGUUUGAUUAUGGUACAAUAGUGCUUGAAGUGUUUGUGUUCUAACUAGAGUGGAAAAGGUUGCUGUUUUCAUCAUUUUCAAGUAAAGGGUCAAACGAAAGUACAGCAGCAAAAUGUACGAAAGCUCUUGCUCCUACCAGACGGCACUGGAUCUGAAGCGCGGCGCUUCGCCCCUCGUAACGCACCAGGUAAAGUCGGAAGACUGUCUUGGCCUGACGCAGUGCACCGACUGGGGCACGUACCGGUUCCAUCAGUCAACGUUCGAGCAACUCAAGCAGAGUGUGGAGAAAGCGAAGGCAGCGCUGCAGGAUCGGACGUCCUUUCUUGGAAGCUCCAGUGCAUUUAGUGACAUUUACUCUUCACCACGGCUGACAGAAUCGCUCGAGAACGUUAUCUCACAUAGCACCGGUACUAACAGCAGCAGCGGUACGGGCAGCACUAACCCUGUCUCCAAUGGCAACGCAAACGCUGAAGCUAACGCCAGCAACGGUAACGCUACCAGUAACGGCGCUAACGCUGGCAGUGUACUAAACGUCAGCGGUAGCGGUAGUGCCGCUGGCAGUGCGGGAAACGGCACAAACUCUAGUGCUGGGAGCGGUGGUGGAGGAGGAGGUAGCGGUGGAACGUCUGGAAGUAGUGCGGGUGGUGGUGGUGCGAGUAGUAUCAGCGUUAUAAAUGCGACGUCGCUCGUGUCACCCUCGAAUCUGCUCGGUAACGGGCUGUCAAGUCAGCGUCAUCGGAGUGAUCUGCUCGGUGCGGCAAAUCUUAACCUGGUGUCCUCGACCCAAUCACCUACGACGACCUCGACCCCGUCAUCCAUUCUGUCGCAGAAUCUGGAGUCACCGGUGGACGUGAAAUCACGGCAAGACUCUUCGUACAAAUCGUCAUGGGGCUCACACAGCUCGUCCCAGAGUCAAGAUCCAUAUCAGAUGUUCGGUCCCACCAGCAGUCGAUUAGCAAGCUCGGGUUCUGGACAGAUACAGCUAUGGCAGUUUCUGCUCGAGCUGCUCAGCGAUUCUACCAACGCCACCUGCAUCACCUGGGAGGGUACGAACGGCGAGUUCAAGCUGACCGAUCCGGACGAGGUGGCCAGACGCUGGGGUGAGCGAAAGUCAAAACCGAACAUGAACUACGACAAGCUCAGCCGGGCACUAAGAUAUUACUACGAUAAGAACAUUAUGACGAAGGUGCACGGCAAGCGUUACGCCUACAAGUUCGACUUCCAGGGUUUGGCAGCCGCGACCCAGCCCCAGACGGAUCCGACCUACAAGUACCAGAGCGACCUGUUCAUGUCGCCGUACCAUCACGGGGCCAAGCUGAGCUCGUUCAUGAGCCCCCACCACAGCAUGACGUCAUCUUCCGCCUCCAUCUUCCCGUCGGCCGCCAGCUGGGGUAACUGGGGCAGCCCGGCCACGAACCUGUAUCCCUCCCACACGAUGAGCCACGUGACGCCGUCGCAUGUUGCGCCCCAUCUGGGCUCGUAUCCGCACUACGCAUGACCAACGCCCACGACCACGUCCUCCAGCCACCAUCACCACCAUCACGCCCAGGUCGACAACUUCGAUCUGUACAAGAAGCUGACACCGUACGAAUAAUAGCAUCCGCUAAUCCCGCAACAGCAGCACCAGCCACACCAUCACUCGCACCAGCAGCAGCAGCAGCAGCAGCAGCAUCACCAUCAUCAACAUCAUCAGCAACAUCCACUGCAUGCACACCAUCAUCCGGAGCUGUUCUAUCAGCACGAGCUGACCGGAUAUCCUCGGAAGCAGAUAGCGGGUGGCUCGCUGGCCUCACCGGCAACGGCCGAGGUGCAGCAGCUGUUGCGGCGGACGGUAACGAUGCGGCCAGAUGACGACGGUGACCCCGGUGGCCAGGUGGGCGUGUUUCGUGGCCCAACAGCAACCACAGCAACGACAGCAGCCAGUGACCCUACCGGGACGACUACUAGCAACGGUACGGCCACUACUACUCUCGCCACUAUCACUACUACCCAGUUAGAUAAAUGUAUUUUAGACUAUCUAAGAAAUGUCUCAACUUUUAAAUGAACCUCCAUCGGGGAGACUCCUUCGACCCAGCAGCGAUGGGUGGGUGUAUUUUAAAAAAAAGGAAAGGAUGAAACCAAACCACAACCGAACCGAACCGAUCAGUGUAUAAUUAGCAAUAUAUCUUGUUGUAAUGUAAACUGCUGCUGGACAAGCGCAAACUUUCCCUCCCUGCCAUGCGGUGGGACGGUGGGGGGUUUGAGCUUCCUGUCACAAAGCAAAAGCACACACGUCAUACACAUAUAAACGUUAAAUAGAUAAAGCUACAAGGGGGGACGCGGCCAACGCAAAAUCGCCCACUAAAACACGAUGUACAGCAGCAGUAAUCUAGUCACGGCGUGCGGCUGAUUGUGUGCCGUCGGUUACCUUCGUCCGCGGGUGCGCAGUAUUUAAGAUACGAAAUUUUCAAAACCCUCCCCCGUCUCCUUCCCUGUAUAGUAUUAAGGGUUAGCCAUUGUUUUGCUAAAAAAGUCAUUGUGCGAGCAAGACGGAGAAGACGAACGUACCACUUCUCGCAAAACCGUUCCCACCAGAAACCGUGAACCAUUAUUAAACAAAAAAACGUUCCAAAGCAAUCCAAAGAGGUAGAGAGAGAGAGGCGUUUUUUUUUGCGGAAGUUCUUUUUCCCUUUUUAUCUCGUUUCUGUUGUUUUGCCAUAUUGUUGUACAUAUGCAUUAUUCGAUCGAUAGCGUAUUGUAAGUGCUUUAGUUUCUAUUGAGUCAACUUAUUUAAGCUCCUCCGGGUUGGAAGGAGGUCGAGAAGAACAGUGAACAACAGGAUCGAACUAACAAGCAUCUAGUCUGUCUGUCUGUCGGUGCAAUCGUUUGCCGGAGUGAGUUGAGUAUGGAUUAAACGAAAUGAUGAGAAUGUAUUAAAAUUUAAGAAAA